AUGCAGGAGCAAACACAAGCGUCAACAGCUGCACUACAAACCCAGCACACCAGUAACCCAGAAGAACUAAACCACCCAAUGAUGCUGACGACAACGGAUGAUACAGAAGAUGAGAUAUUGUCAGGGGAUGAGGAUGAUGACUACUCCACUGGCGCCAAGCUUCUCAUCACUCAUAUGAAGGAUCAUUGGCAGUACUCAGUUUCUCUCUUCCUCUCUUUGAAUCUCAACCUCUCUGGUUCAAGACCGACAGAGAAUCAUCUUCAGAUACUGCACAAAGAAGAUGAAGCUGUUCACAGAUCUCAAGUGACAGAGUUCAGUCAACUCUUCAUACUGCAGAAUGACAUAAUCUGUAUCUAG